CGCUGAUACGACGCUCACGAACAUUUCCUGCAGCAUCUCAUAAUCCAGACCAAACUCACUCGGAAAGUGGAUACAUUUUUUCGGUUUGCUCUACGAGACCUCACCAUUUCCUCAAGUUCAUUUUCAGUCAAACAUUUAGCUACAGGAAAUCAGUUCCAGAUCUACCUCUAGCCUACCAUGUCUGAACCAGGAUGUGGUGUUCCAGCCCAGAGAAUCUUACAGCGGGGUCCAGAGUUGCUGUCAGUGAAGCUGGGUGACUGCAAUCAAACAGUGGAACUCAAUGUGAUUGUCAAAGACGAGGAGGAGGAGAGAGAAAUUAAUGAGGGGGAGGAGGAAGCGCGAGAGGAGGACAGGGACUCUGUUGACUCAGGAGAGAUCCCCAACCCAGACUCAGUCAACGAGCCCACUUCCACAGAAUCAAUACUACCACCUGGUUGUGGGAGUUACCCCUGUCCUCAAUGUGAGAAGAGUUUCAGUUCCUCAACUAACCUGAAGAAUCAUCAAAGAGUACACACUGGAGAGAAACCUUUUGACUGCUCAACAUGUGGGAAGAGUUUCAGUGAGAAAGUAAACCUUAAGAGACAUGAGAGAGUACAUAGUGGAGAGAAGCCGUACCACUGCACCCAAUGUGGGAAGAGCUUCAAUCAUUCUGGAAGCCUUAAGGAACAUGAGAGAAUACAUACAGGGGAGAAGCCUUACCACUGCUCUCUGUGUGGAAAGAAUUUUCGUGUCGCAGGAGGCCUAAAGAAUCAUCAGAGAUCACACAGUGGAGAGAAGCCUUAUCACUGCACUCAGUGUGGGGAGGGAUUCACUCAGCUAAGAAGUCUUAAAAGUCAUGAGAGAAUACCCAUUGGAGGGAAGCCUGCCUGUACUUUCAAUGUAAUUGUCCAAGAGGAGGAGGGUGAGAGGGACAUCAAUGUGGAGGAAAAGAGAGAAGUUGAGGGAGAGGAGGACAAAAGUGGUGUAGUAGACAGUGCAUGUCAGAGCAAAAACCAAGCCAUGAGGUCGAAGGAAUUGUCCGUAGAGCUCCGAGACAGGAUUGUGUCGAGGCACAGAUCUGGGGAAGGGUACCAAAAAAUUUCUGCAGCAUUGAUAAAAGGUCCAUUCUACACAGGAACACUUCUAGUUUCCAAGUCCACUGAGUUUACACCCCCAGGAGCGUCGCUGCUCAUUUUGCGGCCCUUAAAGAGUGGCCAAUCAGCUUAA